GGGAAUAAGUUGGAUGAUCAAAAAUCCCUUUUAUGGCUGAUAAUAAUGUCGGGAAAAAUUGACAGAAAAUGAGUAAAUAGUACUAAUUUAACAAAGGGUAAAAAGGUAAAAAAGAGAGGGUGUCGUGAUAAUAUAGUGAGUCCGCAUCAGCGGCGCGAGUCAAAAUAACACAGUUGAGACAGUCAAAACUCAAAAAGAUCAACAUCAUCACAGUUACGAGCAAUGGAGAGAGGCGGCGUAAUCUCAGGAGGUUUUCAUCAAAAUUACAUCCCAUAUCCUUCACGCGCCGCCGCUUCCACCACGCGCCUCCACUACCCUUUCUCCUCCAUCAGAAACUCGCCGUCUUCCUCUCUCAGGAUUCGUCCUUGUUCCAUCUCUUCCAGUUUCAUCAUCAUUCAUGAAGUUUCCCGUAAUCGAUGCGACGCCGUGUCCUCUAAUUCUUACAGCACCGAUGUGACUGAAUUAGCCGAAAUUGAAAUUGAUUGGGACAAGAUCGAUUUUGGUCUUAAGCCUACGGAUUACAUGUACUCCAUGAGAUGUAGCCGUGGUGGUGAUUUCUCUAAUGGUCAAUUGGAACCAUUUGGCAACAUUGAGGUUAACCCUUCAGCUGCUGUCCUCAACUACGGACAAGGUUUGUUUGAAGGUCUUAAGGCUUACAGAAAACAAGACGGUAAUAUACUCCUCUUCCGUCCCGAGGAGAACGCCAUCCGAAUGAGGAACGGUGCUGACAGAAUGUGCAUGCCUUCUCCAACCGUCCAACAGUUUGUUGAGGCUGUGAAAACAACUGUAUUAGCUAACAAACGCUGGAUUCCACCUCCAGGUAAAGGAUCAUUAUACAUAAGGCCAUUGCUAAUGGGAACUGGAGCUGUUCUUGGCCUUGCUCCUGCUCCUGAAUACACUUUCCUUAUCUUCGUUUCUCCUGUCGGGAACUACUUCAAGGAAGGUGUGGCGCCGAUCAACUUGAUUGUUGAAAGUGAAUUCCAUCGUGCAACUCCUGGCGGUACUGGAGGUGUUAAAACCAUUGGUAAUUAUGCUGCAGUCUUGAAGGCACAGUCGAUUGCGAAAGCUAAAGGGUAUUCUGAUGUUUUAUAUCUUGAUUGCGUUCACAACAGAUAUCUCGAGGAGGUUUCAUCUUGCAAUAUUUUCAUUGUGAAGGAUAAUGUGAUCUCUACUCCUGAAAUCAAAGGAACCAUCUUGCCUGGAAUUACCCGGAAGAGUAUUAUCGAAGUGGCUCGUAGCCAAGGUUUCAAGGUGGAGGAACGAAAUGUGACAGUUGAUGAAUUGGUAGAAGCGGAUGAGGUUUUCUGCACAGGAACGGCUGUCGUUUUAUCUCCGGUCGGAAGCAUUACUUACAAAAGCCAAAGGUUUUCUUAUGGAGAAGAUGGCUUUGGAACUGUCUCGAAACAGCUGUACACUUCCUUGACGAGCCUCCAAAUGGGUCUAACCGAAGAUAACAUGAACUGGACUGUUCAGUUGAGUUAAACCAGUGAAGAACGAUAUAUGUGGAUUUGUAUGUAGAUACUAGAAUUUCAUGCUUCUGAGGCUUCUAGUUUCUGAUUCUUGAAACGAUAAACAAUAAUCUUUGUCUUUAACAUAGAUAAAACAGGAAAAAGGCCAUGUUCUAGCACGAAUUAACAUGCUAUGCAAAUUACGGUACCAGUCACAUAAAUACA